AAUAAAUUAUUCUCAAAGACGAUCUUAUCAAGCAAGAUGCUCAGCCGCUGUAAUUUCUUUCAAUACAGGCAAACUAUUAUCUACUGUGCAUCGAAAUAUAUGUGGACACAGUCCCAAACAGUCUAUUAAAAAACAUGAACAAACAAUGAACGAUAAAAGGGCUAAGACAAAAAAAUGUAUAAGAAAAAAGAAUCGCUUAUUGGUACCAAGGACGCUUAAUUUGGAUUAUGGUGAAAUAGUAGACAAACCAGAUUUAGACGAAGACACUUUGAAAAAAGCAAAAACUACCUUUGUACAAAAUUUGAUGAAAACUGAUGAAGAGCGAAGAGACAUUGAAAAGAGAACCAUAUUACAGAGUGAAUCUGGAGAAUGGUUAGAGCUAAGGCGAAACAUGUUAACAGCCUCAAAUUUUGGAAAAAUUGUAAAACGAAAACAGACAAAUACAUGCCAAAACAUAGUAAGAAAUCUACUGUAUAAACCUAAUAUUGACCAUGUUUCGUCAAUAAGCCAUGGAAAAAAAUAUGAAAAAAUCGCGCUGGAACAACUAUCUAUAAUGAAAAAUGUUAAGAUUGAAAAUUGUGGCUUAUUUAUUGAUGACAAAUACCCAUUUUUGGGUGCAACGCCUGAUGGCAUCACAAGCGACAUGAUUGUGGAAAUAAAAUGUCCCAUAGCACCAUUUAAAAUUGGUUUAGAAGAAGCGAUUCGGCAGAACAAGAUGCAUUUUUAUAAAAAAAAUAAAAAUGGCGCAGUAGUGAUUAACCAAAAAUCGGAUUGGUAUUUUCAAGUGCAAGGUCAAUUGCAUAUCUGCAAAAAACAACAAUGUUUGUUUGGAAUUUGGUUUGGCGAUAAUAAAAUAAAAACAGAAAUUAUAGAAAAAGAUGAAAUGUAUUGGGCAGACGUGAUGGAACCAAAAUUGCUGAAAUUCUAUUACGAUUGUCUCCUUCCUGAGUUAGUCGAUCCCAGACACAAAAGGAAUAAGCCAAUUCAUGAUCCGGAGAACGUGGUUGCACAAAGCAAGGAAAAUGCUGCGUCAAAUAUUGUAAAUAUUUCAGAAGAACCAAAAACAAAAGAAAAUUCUGAUGAUACUGUUGCUGACACGGAUAAAACUGCUGAUGUCGACAAUUUUGCUUUUGUUGACGAAGAUGUUGCUGACGCAGACGAUGUUUCUGUCGUAGAUAGUUCAGAAUAUAUUAUGGCUUUUUCUGAAUAUUGACCGCAAACUACCUACUAUGUCCUCAAUAAUUUGAUAACUUAUUUAGCAAACCUUUUGAGGCUAGAGAGAGGUGCCUUUAGUGGCAGGUUCGUGUACAUACAUAAGGU